UUCCGCAAUAUCACAAAUAUUCUCUUCAAUCCCUUUAAACACAGUAACCAUGGCAACCCCCACCCAUUUCUCUUUUCUCUUUAUACUUUUUCUUUCUGUUUCAAUCUCAUCUGUUCGGGGUAGUGGUUUCAGUGUUAAUUUAAUUCAUCGUGAUUCUCCUCAAUCUCCAUUCUACAACCCUUUAGACACUUUAUCUGAUCGUAUGCAAAAGGCUGUUCAUCGUUCAAUUAAUCGUGCCAACCACUUUAAGAAAUUAUCAUCAUCGACUUAUUAUUCAUCAAUGUCAUCUAACCAGGAUGAUGAUACAAUCAGUACAAGUUUGAGUGCUAUUGGUAUUGAAUUCGUAAUGAAUAUUUCUCUAGGAACUCCUCCUCGUAAUGUAUUUGCCAUUGCCGAUACCGGUAGUGAUGUUACAUGGGUUCAGUGUAAACCUUGUGAAAAUUGUUACAAACAAGAUUCUCCACUCUUUGAUCCCAAAACUUCUUCAAGCUACAAAGAUGUUCCUUGUUCUUCAGGAACUUGUGAAAGACUUCGCGAGGACCGUUACACUUGUGAAAAUACACUUUGUCGGUAUUUUGUCCGUUAUGGAGAUGGUUCUUACAGUAUGGGAAAUCUUGCAUUUGAAACUCUAACAUUUGAUUCAACAAGUGGUCGCUCAAUUCAACUUCCGAAUAUUGCAUUUGGUUGUGGUCAUAACACUGCAACAGGACACUUUAACGAAAAAGGGUCUGGUUUAGUUGGUCUUGGUGGCGGUGAACUUUCUUUGAUUUCGCAGUUGGGUUCAAAAAUUGAUUCAAAAUUCUCUUACUGUUUAGUUCCUUCUCAUGAUGUCUCAAGUAAGUUCAUUUUUGGCAGUAAUGCUGAAAUGACCGGAAAAGAUGUUCUCUCCACUCCACUAAUAUCAGAUCCGUUCCAAAAAACAUUCUAUUAUCUAGCACUUGAAGCAAUUAGUGUUAAUGAAAACAAGGUUCCAUUCAUAAGUGAUACAUCCUCAACAAAGGACACUGAAGCCUUCCAAGAAGACAACUACAUUAUAAUCGAUUCUGGAACCACAUUCACAUUUCUUCCACAAGAAAUGUAUUCAGAAAUUGAAUCAGAAAUUAAGAAAGCGAUUCAAGUUGAACCCACUGUUGGUCCUAAUGGGUUCAAUUUAUGUUACCCAUUCGACGAUUCUAUGACAUUUCCAGAGGUUACUGUUCAUUUUACGGAUGCGGAUAUCAAACUUGACGCGGGGAAUUAUUUUGUUCCUGUUGGCGGGGGUGUUAUUUGUUUAUCUUUCUUUCCUUCCAAGACACCACCUUACCUUUAUGGAAACGUAGCUCAGAUCAAUUUCCUUGUUGAAUAUGCUCUGACGGAGAAUAAGGUUUCUUUCAAGCCAACUGAUUGCACCAAGCAGGGCUAAUUAAAUGUUUAGUUAUAACUAAGCUACCUAGAUAUAUAUAUCUCGUUAUGUUGUUCCUGAAAUAAAAAUUUCCUUUAGGAGAAGAUAAUGCUCUCAUCUUUGAGGUCAGAAUUUGGAGCUUCUGUACUUCCAAUAAUUUCGCCUAUGCAUGAGUGCUUUAAGUAUAUCUGUAUGAGCUUCGUAGAUUAUCAAUGUGUGAGUAUUAAUAAUUGCUCUUUGUGUCUGAUAAUCAUGUAUACACGUCUUGGUGAUUUAUUCCGUGCCACAUAAUAGUAACAGAUUAUUAUUUACGGAUUC